AUGGGAGACAACAAGUUCCGCAUCGCCAUCAUCGGCGGCGGUCUCGCGGGCGCCACACUCGCCAACGCGCUCUUCCGCAUCCCGUACCUCGACGCGCACGUCUACGAGUCUUCGGCCACCUUCUCGGAGCGCGGCGCCGCCGUGGGUCUGUCGGCCAACGCGCAGCAGGCCCUGGAGAUGAUCAUCGUGCCCUCCUCCAAAGAGCUGCUCGAACGGGCUGGCGCCGUCCCCAUGAACUCGAGCCGGGCCGUGCUGGGCUCGGGGCCGGAAGCAGGGACCAUCAUCAUCGACCUGGCGGGCCACGGCGACCCAGGCGUGGUCGUGCAUCGCGCGGCCCUGCUCCGCGAGCUGCUCGCGCCGCUGCCGCCGGACCUCUUGCACGCAAACAAAAAACUCAACUCCUUGGUGCAGGAAGAGGACGGCCUCUACCAAGUCCGCUUCGAAGACGGCACCGUCGAGCGCUUCGACGCCGUCAUCGGCGCCGACGGCAUCUUUGGCUCGGUGCGCAGCUUCGUGCUCGGCGACGCCGCCGCCGCCGCCGCCGCCGAGCACGGCCCGUCCCCGGCGGGGUUCUGGGACUGUAGGGUGCUGGUGCCGUUCGACAAGGCCAAGGCCACGCUCGGCGAGCAGUACUUCGACGUGCACCGCCAGUACGGCUGGGUGGGCGACGGGGCGUUUAUCAUGCACGACAUCCUGGACGCGGGGACGACGGUGCAGUGCGUCGUGUCUGCGGUGGAAAAAGACGCGCCCCGGGACAGGAAGCGCCCGCUGACGUUGGAAAGUCUAACCAAGUCAUUGCGCACGUGGCUUGACGGGCCCAUUGCGAAGGGGGUAAUAGAUGUGAGCUUCUCCCUUGUCCUCGACCAGGCGGAUCCCCAGGGCUACUCGCAAUGGGAGCACAAAUCCACUCCUACGUACGCCAACGGGCGUGUUUGCAUCAUCGGGGACGCCGCCCACGCGACAUCCCCGUGGCAGGGCGCCGGUGCAGGACAGGCCUUUGAAGACGCGCUGAUCCUCGGCUUCCUCCUGGGCAACGACCACGUCAAACGCCGAGCCGACAUCGAAGCCGCAUUCAAGGCCUUUGACGUGGUCCGGCGGCCGCGCUGCCAGCAGGUUAUCGACUCGAGCCGGGGCACUGGUGCCAUCAUGUGCGGGCAAAACCCUGAUGUUGGCCUGGAUCCGGCCAGGGUGAGAGCGGCGUUUGCCGGUCGAUGGUCCUUCAUUUUCAGUUUGGACCUCGACGAAUAUAGACAAGAUGCGCUGAAGAAGAUGAGAGAGUUCUUGGGCCAGUGA